AUGUCGGAAAGCCAGCGAAUAGCCACGCCUACCGAGGCGAGUUUACGCGAACGGCGACGGAAGCGGUCGACAUCGACAGUCAGUGUAAGUGUCGCGAGUGAGUCGAGUGACGUUGAGAGUACGUCGAAAACAAAAAAGCGCGAGAAAGGAAAGAAGAAUAUUGCGUGGUGUGAUGACGUUUCGGACGCCGAAAGCGGAGAUAAGGGUAAUCAACCGGAAGACGAGAUGUCAGCUAACGCCCGGAGAUUCUACAAAAUAGUUAGGGGUUUGGUUCCGAUGAAGUCGGAAACAAUUAGGGUUUCGGAUAGGAAAAUAAUCAGGGAAAACGCCGACCUACUUAUGGAAAACGUGGUCCAGAUGGCGGGUGUUAUCAAGGAACUGCGGCACACCAUAAAGAAAAAGGAAGAAGAACUGAGGGACGCAACGGAGAAAGCUGCAAAAACUGUAAGUACGCCAGUUUUUUCGUAUGCGGAUAGGUUGAAAGUAGGAAAAAAUACUGUCAAUAAUGUUAGGGUUAAUGAAAACUCUUUUCCGGUUAGGAUAGAAUCAAAAACCGCGGGAAAAAGUGCUGAAUUUGUUAAAAAUAUUGUAAUGCGUACCGUCGAUCCCAUUAAAAACAACAUCGCGGUUAAAAACGUUAGGUCAACGAAAUCAGGUGAUUUGGUUGUAGACUGCGCAAGAAAGGAAGACGCAGAGAAAAUUAAAAAGUCCUUGCUUAUCAAGGCAAAGGAUGACGUCGAGGUUAGGGAAAUUAAAAAAAGGUGGCCCAGGGUUAGAAUAGAUAGGAUUAGCAAAGAACUAAACGCGAAAGAUUUACAUGAGACUAUUUUAGGGCAUAACGAUUUUAUCGGUACAUUUUGCGGAAACGAUGUAGAUAAAUUUAAAACUAAUUUUAAACAGUUGGCUGUGUUUGAAAGCAAAAACAGCAAAGAUACUUACAGCGCUAUAUUCGAAGUUAACCCUAUUUUAAGGAAAGAGAUACUAGAUAGGCCAAUUUAUUUAAAUUGGCAACGUGUAUUUGCUAGGGACCAUUUUUCUAUAUUACAGUGCUUCCAAUGUUACGACUUUGGGCACUUGUCAAAAAAUUGUAAAGUUAAAGAACAGAUAUGCGGUAAAUGCGGCGGCAAACAUAGCUUUAAGGAUUGUAAAUCGAAAAAUACUUCGUGCAUUGUUUGUGUUAGGUCAAAUAAGGAUAAGAAACAUGCGCCGGUUAAUGUAGACCACGACGCAAAAAGCCAGUCUUGCCCGACGAUGAACCGGAUAAAAAAUGCCAUUUUAUCCAACAUCGACUUUUAUGGACAAUAAUAGCCAUAAAAAUAACCCCGACGCGAAUUUCGUUUUAAAUUUUGGUCAAAUUAAUUUAGGAAAGGGCAAGGCGGCUACUAGCAAUCUUCUGAAAGUUAUUUUAGAUAAAAAGUUGGACAUUUGUUUUGUGCAAGAGCCUACAGUCAAUAAAUCGCGUAUUGUUGGUUUUUCUAAGAAUAAUCUUAUUAUUUCAAAGUCGAGUAAUAUUCCAAAAGUUGCAAUCAUUGUAAGCAACACAAAUAUUGCAAGUUUAUUUUUAGAAAGUGUUUCUUGCGAAAACAUAAUUGUAGUUGAAAUUACUGUAAACGGCAACAUUUUCGUUCUCGUCAACGUCUAUUUACCACCCGCCGGCGCUAACGUCGACGAAAACCAGUUUCUGCAACGACUUGUUCACGUUAUCUCGAAGCUUGACCGAACGAAACCUGUUGUUGUUGCAGGCGAUUUUAAUGCGAAAAAUUAUGUUUGGGGUAGUCCAAUAAAUGACAAUAGAGGAACAAAUAUUUUAGAAAUUUUCGAAAAUAACAAUUUAUUUGUUGUAAAUAAUAAUAUUGAACCGACUUUUGUUGGACAUCGCGGAUCAAGUUUCGUCGAUAUAACUUUUGCUAAUUUUGAAGCAAUAAAAGUAAUAAAAAAUUGGCACUUAUCGGACGAAGAAACACUUUCUGAUCACAAAUUAAUCACCUGGCAAAUUUCAUUCGUAAAAAACGAAACAGAAUUGAUUGACCGUAGGUUUUGCAAUAAAAAAGCAAAUUGGGGUAUUUUUUCGGAGAAAUUUAGGGAAAACAUAGGAAACGUAGUACUAAUCGACGAAAACAAUGUUUCAGAACGCGCUAAUUUUUUAAAUGACUGCAUAGUAGAAGCUUGUGAGGCGUCAAUGCCGCCUAAAAAAUCUUUUAGGAAUAGUGUACCGUGGUGGACUAAGGAACUUACUGAAAAAAGAAUAGAAUCGCGAAGACUUCGUCGCUCCUUUCAACGUGAAAAAAACGACGCGAUUAGAUUAAAUAAACGAGCUGAAUACAACCGCGCAUUUCGUGAAUAUAAAGAUCUUUUGGUCAAAACAAGGGGCGAUAAAUUUAAAGAUUUUUGCACUCGUAAUUCCGAAAAAGAUCCUUGGGGAACCGCCUAUAAAGUUAUUCGCGGGAAAAAUUCAAAUCGGAUUAGUUUUCAAAAUUUAAAACUUCCCGACGGCACUUUUA